AUGAUCUCUUUAAUGAAAUGCUCAACAUCAUCUCUCACUGGUUCUGCUUUCUCAACCAGAAAACUUCCCCUUGCAAAGCCUCAACUUCUCACAUUUUCAACCAUUGCCAACGUUGAACAAAACACGGCCCCCUCUCAGUUGAGCUCCCAGAAACUUCUCUACCUUUCAUCCUCUGAGAACUUGGCAUUGGUUAAGAGAAAGAGGGUGACGGAGUGCCAGGCCUAUGAGGCUGACAGGUCACGCCCAAUAGAGAUUAACAUUGCGCUGCCGGAUGAAGAUGCUGCUCAGAGGGUGAAGAUUGGGGUGUAUUUUGCCACCUGGUGGGCUUUGAAUGUGGUGUUCAACAUCUACAACAAGAAGGUUUUGAAUGCUUUUCCUUACCCCUGGCUCACCUCCACUUUGUCCCUUGCUGCUGGCUCCCUCAUGAUGUUAAUCUCCUGGGCCACCAGAGUUGCUGAGGUCCCAAAAGUUAACUUGGACUUCUGGAAGGCCUUGUUUCCUGUUGCGGUGGCACACACAAUUGGGCAUGUUGCUGCAACUGUGAGCAUGUCCAAGGUUGCUGUUUCUUUCACUCACAUCAUCAAGAGUGGAGAGCCUGCUUUCAGUGUCCUAGUGUCAAGUUUCUUGCUUGGAGAAGCAUUCCCAAUGCCGGUCUAUCUGUCACUGGUGCCAAUUAUUGGUGGUUGUGCACUAGCUGCUGUGACUGAGCUCAAUUUCAAUAUGAUUGGUUUCAUGGGGGCUAUGAUAUCAAAUUUGGCAUUUGUCUUCAGGAAUAUAUUCUCAAAGAAAGGAAUGAAGGGAAUGUCUGUUAGUGGAAUGAACUACUAUGCCUGCCUUUCCAUAAUGUCUCUGUUGAUACUCACACCAUUUGCCAUUGCUGUGGAGGGCCCCAAGGUUUGGGCCGCAGGAUGGCAAUCAGCUGUGUCUCAGAUUGGUCCCAAUUUUGUUUGGUGGGUAGUUGCUCAGAGUGUCUUCUACCACUUGUACAAUCAAGUCUCUUACAUGUCUCUCGAUCAGAUUUCUCCCUUAACAUUUAGCAUCGGAAACACAAUGAAGAGGAUUUCGGUCAUUGUCUCUUCUAUUCUUAUCUUCCACACGCCUGUUCAGCCCAUCAAUGCUCUUGGUGCUGCCAUUGCAAUUCUUGGCACCUUCCUCUAUUCACAGGUGCAUUAUCCUCUCCUUUUAAACUGA